AUGCUGCUUUUCUUCUGUAAAAAGAAACCCAGUGAUGAUGCUCGAAAGCACCUUGCGUGUCAAAUAUGCCUGACUAAAGAAGAUGGUGCUGUUGACAGUCUUGACGUAUCGAAAUGGGAACUUUCACAAGUUCCUUACGGGGCCUUUGCAAUUUAUAAAGUCUUGCAAAAAUAGGUGCUGAUUAUUCAUACAAAUGGUUGUACAUCUCUAGUUCUAAAGUCCUGCAACCUCCUGAAUCUCAUAACCGUGAAGAUAAUCGCUAGAGUCCUCUAUCUACUUCAGUGCAACAAGCUGAAGGAGCUGUCUCCUACUGUGAGUGGCUUGUGGCGUUUGCAAGCCCUGAAUAUCAGUGAGAACAUGUUGCAAGAACUGCCACAGGCACUGGCUCACAUCCGCUUGCUGGAGGUAUAAAUGCUGACCCUAGGUGCUUCUUCCAAGACCUACCCAUCACCUGACAUUUGCAGUGCAGGUACAGAGUCCAUUCAGCAGUUCCUCUGUAAAGGAUGUGGAAUACCAUACCACUCUCCCUUGCGGUAUGUGCUCCUCAUGCUGGAGAGUGAUGGAGGAGAAACAUCAUUGGAUGGGGCAGACAGAACAGUGCAUACGUACGGGGAGGAGGAGAGUGAGUGGCAGCAAACUAUAGAAGAGCCUUGUGAUUCUGACCCAGAUGUUAAUACAUUUCCAUCCCAACCUGGGAAUGCUGCCAUACAGCAAAUGCUGGCUGAGCAUUACGAGGAUAAGCUCAUCCAAGUGACCUUGGAGUCUUGUUGGCAAGAUCUCAUUAGCCAAAAGUGCUCCAGCCUAGCUGAGAUGCAUCAGAAGUUCCAACAAAUCCUGGCUUGGCAGCAACUGCAUCAGAGCAAGGCCAUUAGCUGGAUCUUGCAGGAGAUAAGGAUGCAGAAAGCUGCCUUUGAAGCUCUCCAACUAGAAAAAGAUCUUAUGCACCAGCAGAUCAGGAACCAGGUGAAACUAGUGGAAUUGCCAUUGCUUCAAUCAUCUAAAUGUUCAUGUGGACAAAGAGCAAAGGCUAGGAACUCGUCUUGUGUUUUACAGGAAAAGAGCUUUGAGAGGCAGCUAGUGAACCUUUUAAUCGAGCUGUCAGCUGAGCAGUAUGUGCCCUUUGUACACCAUCGAGUAUGCUUGCGAGUGCUCAGCACCAUGACUGCCAGUGACCUUGAAAAGAUUAGUGUUAUGGAGACUGGCCUGCAGUGUAUAAUCCUCAAACAAGCCCAGGAGAUCCUGACUGUGGCCAAGACAAUCUCAGGAUGUGUCCAGGGACAGCUGAUGCGCUGCAGCCAUGCGCAGCUCGUAACGGGGCAGAGCAAGGUCCUCCCUGGCCUGUCGUUUGAGCUCCAGUGGAAGAGGAGAGUCUCUGAUGGCCUCAUAACUAGAACUUGA